AGAUUUUCAAACCAGUCUGCAAUUUCAAAACCUAACGAAUUUCGACUCUAUCGCUCGGAUUUUUAGGUUGCGUCAAACAUUUCUCGCCAUAUUCGUAACUCAAAAACCUUUCUUAAGCCACUCUCUUCGUUAAUCUGUCUCUCCGCGUUCAAGAAUCGAGCUAGAAACCUUUCGGAUGUUCAUCUGAGAUUACUAUUUCGAGAAAUGAUGUUUGGCAGAGGGGAAUCGAAACAGAGCUGUUCCAGAGGGUUGAGUCAGAGAUUGAAGGAAGAUAUGAUAAGCUCUUUACCUGAUCCUCUGAUAAGCCAAAUCCUUUCUCAUCUUCCCACAAAGGAAGCUGUUUGCACAAGCGUUUUAUCCACCAGAUGGAAAAGUCUCUGGCUUUGGGUUCCUGAAUUGGACCUAGACUUCUACCAAUUCCCAGAUUUCAAUGCCUUUGUGAGUUUUGGCCACAGGGUUUUCGAUUCCAACAGGGUUUCAUUUAUACGCAAAGUCAAGUUAGAUGUUGAAGACGGUGUAAAUGCUGAUGAGUCCUAUAAUCUCAAGUCGUGGAUCGAUUCUGCAGUUAACCGGAAGAUUCAGCAUCUUGAUGUUCGUUCUCCUGAAGUUGAUUACUUUUAUCAAAUGCCCAUAAGCCUUUACAUCUGUGAGACGCUUGUGUUCUUGAAAAUCCAGUGGGUAUCCUUGCCUGAUGCAGAGCUUUUCUUCUCCUUGCCUUGUCUCAAGACUAUGCAUCUGAUAAAAGUACAGUAUCCCAAUGAAGCAGCUUUAGAGACACUUGUCUCGUCCUGUCCUGUCUUGGAAGAGUUGGAGAUCUCUUUAGCUAGGAACGACGCAGAACUCUUACGGGUACAGUCUCGGUCACUGAAGAGUCUCACUUUCAUACGAGUUUCUCCUUUCCAGUUUCAGUCUGAUUCUGUUUCGGGAGUUGUGGUUGAUGCUCCGCUGCUACGGUUUCUGAGCAUCUAUGAUUACGAAUCAGAUAGCUUUCAUGUAAACAACUUGGAGUCCAAUAUUGCCAAGUUAGAGAUUGUUGUCAACUUUGGUUUGGAGCCUUUUGAUGAAGCAAGUGUUUCAGCAAGGAGAAGGAGAUGUCGCAUCCGCAGUUUUCUUCCAGGGAUCUUGAGGGUUAGAGAUAUGAAGAUAGAUGCAGGCACUUUCAAGGUGAUUCAUGAGUACACCAAAUUAGAACCGCGGCCUCAAUUUCGUUGCAUGUCACGACUGUUUGUUACUAUCUGUGUAUCCGAUUUGAAAUGUUUACCAACCUUUCUUGAGAGCUGCCCGAACUUGAAAUCCCUCGUUUUGGCAAUAGAUGAUUAUGGAGAGAUGAGUUGUGAGGAGAUGGAUCAAAUUAGUGGUUAUUCAUCUGUUCCUGAGUGUUUUUUGCAGUCGCUUGAGUUUGUUGAUUUCGUUACGCCAAUCUCUGGAUAUGCUGCAGAAAUGAAGCUGGUUAAGUAUUUCCUAGAGAAUUCAGCAGUGCUCAAGACACUCACGCUACAUGUCAACCAUGAUGGUUCGAUAGACUAUGAGAAGCUCCUCAAGAUUCCAAGAGGCUCUUCCACGUGUCAAGUCGUCCUCAUAUGAUUGUUAAAGCUCAGAUAGAACAUGUGAAAUAGCAUAUGCUUCGUCGGUGCGUUUGUGAUUUUUGGUAAUAGUAAUACUAAUACUCAAUUCAUCUUCUUCGGUGCUUGCAUUUGUGCAUCCGUCGCGUUUGUGACAGUAUUUUAAAUUAAUGUAUUUUCCUCAGAAUGAUAUGAUAUAUAUGAACAUUUGUGCGCCAAUACUUUAUGUUCCGUGUUGACAUUAGCUUGUUUUUUUAGGAUAUGAAAGUCUUGUAAAUUUGGUAUUCAACCAUUUU